AAGAAUUAUACCUGUUUGGAUUUUCUCUUCGGCACCAAAAAAGAACCCUUUUUGGAUUCAGCCCAAAACUCAUUGGAUUUGGGGUUUCCCCACCAUUGUUCCAUGCAUGAGUGGCAAAGAUAACAAUAAAAGGGACAGAAUCAGUGUCUUGUCCUCUCAUUUCACUAGUUCCAGCCCCAUGGCUUCCGAGAAGGAAGCUGCUCUUGCUGCCACUCCCUCUGAUGCUGAUGCUCCAACCAUAUUUGACAAGAUCAUCAAUAAGGAGAUUCCUUCUACUGUGGUUUACGAGGAUGAUAAGGUGCUUGCCUUCAGGGACAUAACUCCUCAAGCUCCUACUCAUAUUCUUAUCAUUCCUAAAGUGAAAGAUGGGUUAAGUGGUCUAUCCAAGGCAGAGGAAAGGCACUUCGAUAUUCUUGGCCGUCUUCUUUACACAGCCAAGCUGGUUGCAAAGCAGGAAGGUCUGGAUGACGGCUUCAGGGUUGUGAUCAACGACGGGCCAAAGGGAUGCCAAUCAGUUUACCACAUUCAUGUGCACCUCCUUGGAGGGAGACAGAUGAACUGGCCUCCAGGCUAAAGUUUUAGAAAGGAUUAGAGAUGAGAAUAGUAAUAAUGUGGUUGUGCUGUCUUUCGGUAAUGGUUUUAAGACAACUAAUAAAUUGCAACAUGUGGUGUACUUGAAGUGACAAGUGAUUAAGGUUGCCAGUGUUUCAUGCGUUUAAACUCUUGUGGUGAAUGCAGGUUAGUUUCCAAA